GAUCGACUCAAACACUGGAUUCGAUAUUCCUAUUCUUCGAGAAGCUCGUGCAAGAUCUGAAGUGUCGCCUGAUCUCUAUCUUUACCAUUUUCGAUACUUUAAUCCUGCCGAAUUUGAUGCAGAGUUUCCAGUUCGGGCUACGUAUCACUGUCAUGAAUUCCCAUACAUUUGGGGAGUCUACAAGGACAAUUAUUUCGAAUUUAACGAUGAUGAUAGAACCGUCACCGCAUUUUUAAUCACUUCCUUAUCUUUCAAUCUGGUUACAACUUCUGGGAUUCGAUGAUUCAGAAAUUCCAGUUCGAUCUCAUUACCGGCCUCACUGUUGAAUCUCAUAUUGAAACUACGACGAGUUCUUCUUCUCUAACAUUCACUCCUGCUUUAAUAAUUAUUAUAGCCAUAAUUACAAGUGCAUAA